AUGGCAGGACUAGUAAAGAAAUAUUUGUUUUUAUACAAUAUUGUGCAAUUUGGAGGAUGGACAUAUAUCCUUUAUCUUUUGGCUGCACACUUUCAUGCUGGAGGAUGGUCAUCACAAUCGUUGAUUGGUGUCUGGCAACAUGUCGGAUGGUGGGUUACACUCUUCCAAUUUGGCGCCGUCUUGGAGAUUGUUCACUCUUUGGUCGGCUUUGUCAAGACCCCAGUCGCCACCACCUUUGUUCAAGUCUUUUCACGUGUCGCUUGCGUCACCCUCGCCAUCCUCGUCCCCACCACCAACGAUCAUUGGGCCAUGUCUCUCAUGCUCACAGCUUGGGGUAUCACCGAAGUUGUCAGAUACCUUUUCUACGCACUCUCCCUCUAUGAUGCCGUCCCAUAUAUUCUUGGUUGGUUAAGAUACACAUUAUUUAUUAUUUUAUAUCCAUCUGGAGUAACUGGAGAGACAGGAACUAUUAUUGCAUCGUUACCAUAUGUCAAGGAAACUGGAUUGUGGAGUAUCACCAUGCCAAACGCUCUCAACGUUUCAUUUAACCUUUACUAUACACUCAUUGGAUCACUUGCAUUCUACGUCAUCGGUCUUCCAUGGUUGUACACCUACAUGUUAGGUCAAAGAAAGAGAUUUAUUCAAUCAGGUGGCGUAACCAAGAAGCCUGCCACCUCUUCUGUCACUUCUUCUCCUUCAUCUGCAAAGAAACAAAAUUAA